AUGUCUUCUUCUCUUAUGUUCUCGUUCGCCGCCAUGGCUCUCCUCCUCCUCCUCCCCACUUCAUCCUCCUCUUCUUCAAGCCUUCUGACAGAUGAGCAAGCUCUCCUCGCUCUCAAAGCUCUAAUAACCAGUGAUCCAUCCAAUGCCCUGUCUUCCUGGAUCAGUACCACUAAUGGCGACGCCAAUUCAACAAGCCUCUGCACCUGGAGUGGCGUUUUCUGCGAUAAACCUGAAAACAGAGUCACCGGUCUAGACUUAUCCGGCCUGACCUUAUCAGGCAUUUUAACCCCGAGCCUCGGCAACCUCACCUUCCUCCGCUUCCUUCUUCUCCAAUCCAACCAGUUCACCGGCUUUCUUCCAGACCAAAUAGGCCGCCUCUCGCAACUGCAACUCCUCAACGUAAGUUCAAACUUCUUCAACGGUCAAAUUCCAAACAGCAUAACCAACUGCACCGACCUCACCACCCUCGACCUCUCCGGAAACAAGUUUUCCGGCCAAAUUCCGCCGAAGCUUCAACGGCUCCGCAACCUUCAAAUAAUGAAACUAGCACAGAACCAGCUGACUGGCCCCAUCCCUCUUUCCAUCACCAAUAUUUCAAGUCUUACGUAUAUUGAUUUGGGUACCAAUUCUAUCUCUGGUUCGAUGCCUGAUGGCUUGUCCCGUCUGAAAAAGCUACAGCACCUGCAGCUCUCAAUCAACAACAUCGAAGGAAUGGUCCCCCCUUCUCUCUACAACCUCUCCUUGCUCGUCACCUUCGCAAUGGCCUCAAACAACCUCCACGGCGAGAUUCCUGCUGACGUCGGCUUCCGUCUGCCGAACCUCCUCGUCUUCCACGUCUGCUUCAACGAGUUCACAGGCAAGAUCCCGCCGUCGCUUCACAACUUAACCAGAAUCCAAAGCCUGCGCAUGUCGCAUAACUUUCUCCGAGGAACCAUCCCACCGGGCCUCGAAAAGCUUUCAGAACUCGUCAUGUACAACAUCGGCUACAAUCUUCUCUUCACCUACGACGGUCUUCAGUUUGUAACUUACUUAACAAACAGCACUAAGCUUCAAUUCCUUGCUUUUGAUGGAAAUUCAUUCGAUGGUGUCAUCCCUGCUUCGGUAGGUAAUCUUUCUUCUGUUCUCACAAAGCUUUAUAUGGGAGAAAGUGAGAUUCGUGGCAGUAUACCGGAGUCAAUAGGCCGGCUUAAAGCCUUGCAGCUGCUUAACAUGAGCAACAAUUACAUCUCCGGUGAAAUUCCACAAAACAUAAGCCAACUUAUCAAUCUUCAGAUGCUCGGGCUCGCCGGAAAUAGAAUUACAGGGCGAAUUCCGGUGGGUCUUGCUGAGCUCCGUAAUCUGAGCAAGCUCGAAAUGUAUGGAAAUGAUCUUGAAGGUGGCAUUCCGAGCAGUUUUGGAAACUUUGAGAGUUUGUUAUAUCUAGAUUUAUCAGGCAACAGGCUAAAUGGAAGCAUACCAAGAGAAAUCUUCUCCCUCACCAGUCUUACGUCUCUGUUAAAUCUUUCUAAUAACUUCCUCUCGGGCUCUUUGCCGCUUGAGAUUGGGAGCAUGGUGAACGUUAUCAGUAUCGAUAUCUCGAAUAAUUUGAUAUCAGGAAACAUUCCUCUGUCAGUUGGAAGCUGCCGGAGUUUGCAAGUUCUCUUCUUGGCGAACAACUCGCUCACUGGAGUCAUUCCAGAUUCCAUCGGAAAGCUCAGUGGCCUGCAAAAACUCGACCUUUCUUCCAACCAUAUUUCAGGUUCCAUACCGAACGAUCUCGCCGAUCUGCACGCUCUCCAGUUUUUGAACCUAUCAUUCAACAAUCUUGAAGGAGUCGUGCCGGAAUAUGGCGUCUUUAAGAACAGCUCUGAAGCUCUACUCGAAGGAAACCCGAUGCUCUGCACGGGGAAUUCUUCAUGCAAAACUAGCUCUUCUGGAAAAAAUUGGAAAGUAGCUUACACAGUAAUUAUCCUUGUCGUUGCUAUCUUUGCACUGUGUCUUAUAGUUUUUGCUGUAAUGUUCUUCGUUAAAAGAAAGAACUUUUUCGCAAAGAUAUCGGAUGCAACAAACUCAAUUAAAACUUCUCAUCCCUGGAUUUCAUACGAUGAAAUCCUUCGAGCAACAAAUAACUUGAGUUCAGAGAACUUAAUCGGAAGAGGAAGCUUCGGCUCUGUUUAUACAGGUGCGCUAAUCAAAGAAGGCUCCACAAUUGCCACAGCCGUCGCCAUUAAAGUGUUAGAUCUUAGCGUUCGAGGAGCUUCAAAGAGCUUCAUUGCAGAAUGCGAGGCUUUAAGGAAUGUAAGGCACCGGAAUCUCGUAAAGCUGAUAACUUCGUGUUCAAGCUGCGAUUUUGCAAACAAUGAAUUCCUUGCUUUGGUGUAUGAGUUCAUGGGAAAUGGAAGCUUGGAGGAUUGGUUAAGAGGCCGGAGAAGACACGAAGAAGAUGAUCAUGAGGGGUUGAGUUUGGAGCAGAGGUUAGAAAUUGCUAUAGAUAUAGCAAGCGCCAUGGAUUACCUGCACCAUGACUGUGAUGCUCCCGUUGUGCACUGUGAUUUGAAACCAAGCAAUGUGUUGUUGGAUGCUGAUAUGAUGGCAAAAGUCGGAGAUUUUGGAUUGGCGAGGCUGAUUAUGGAGAAGGAUGGUAUCUCGGCCACAAGCUCAGAGUGGUUAAAGGGCACGGUAGGAUAUAUUCCUCCAGAGUAUGGAUUGGGAGGGAGACCAUCAACAAAAGGAGAUGUCUAUAGCUUCGGUGUUCUGCUUCUUGAGCUUCUAACGGGAAAGAGUCCAAUGCAAGUAGUGGGCAUUGAUGGAGAAGAACUGGUCUUGGAAAAAUGGGUUCGAUCUCUGUUUCCAGAUAAGCUGUUUCAGGUUAUAGACCCUCAGCUCCUUCCUCAUGAUCAGAAAAUCCAAAUAAUUAACUUGGAGGAAUCUCCAUUGGUGUCCAUGGCUAGGGUUGGACUCUUAUGUGCUGUUGAAUCACCAGAAUCACGUAUUAGCGUGAGGGUUGCUCUCCAUCAAUUGAAGAGUGUCAGAGACUCCCUUCACAAGUUUGAUUGGGAUGAUUCUCUAGGAUAAUAUGUUCAUGUUCUUUUAAAUAUGCACUGAGUGAAUGUUGUUAGAAUCUUA